GUGGGCAGAGGUGGGCUUGCCUGGGCCUGGGGCUUUAGGCUGGUGUGCUUGGGCGGGUGUGUGCUGCCAUGGACCCUCCGAUGGCAGCUGAAGCUGCCGGCACAGCCCAGCUCCCGAGUCUGCCGGCCCAGCGCCGGCGGCCCCCGCACCCUCCCACCCUGCACAUGGUCAUCGAGGCGCUGCAGGCCCAGGACCAGAGGAAGGGCGUCUCCGUCGUCGCCAUCAAGCGGUUCAUCCUGACCAAGUACCCCGCUGUGGACCCCGUCCGCCUCAAGUACCUGCUGAAGCAGGCGCUGAGCAAGGGGCUGAGCCGUGGAGACCUGGUGCGGCCCCGCAACUCCUCCGCCAUGGGGGCCACCGGCCGCUUCAAGGUGAGCGGGGGGCUGCCGGCCCUGAAGCGGCGGGGCUGGGGACCGAGGUGUCGCCUGGCCCCGCUUCCACCCCUCUCUUGCCCCCAGUUAGCCCCCGAGAAGCUGCGGCCAAAGCAGCCGCCGGGCCAGGCGGAUCCUGACAGAGGACAGGCCCCAAAGCCGGGACGGAAAGGGACCACCAAGCCCCCCCAGGCCCCUGCGGCGGGUGCGCGACAGCGAGGUAAAGGGCUGGUGGUGCCACCGGCUGCCCCGGGCUGUCCCAGCCCCGUGGAGAGGCCCCUGCCUGGGGUCAUCUACCGCCCCUUCUCCCACAGGCGCCGCAAAGGAGAAGCCGACAGCAGCGAAACGGAAGCCGAGGGCGAAGCCCGUGGACGCCAGGCCGCCAGCACCAGCGAAGCCCAGGAGUGGUGGAGUGAAGGCCCCGCAAGCUGCCGGCCGCCCCCGGGCACCCGGCAAAGGACCUCCAGGGUCCUCUGCAGCUGCCGAGGGUGCAGGAGGGGGCGAUGGCGACAGCCCUGUGGGUGCUGGGGCAGAGGGGCCCCAAAAGGCGCCGGUGGGAAAGAGCAAGAGGAAGGUGCCCAAGGGCGCGCAGCAAGAUGCCCCCAAGGCAAAGGGGGAUCAAGGCAAGGCAAGAAAGCCCCGGGUGACCCCAGGAGCCGGUCAGGGGCAGGCUGGGCUGCGGAAGGCAGCCCACCCACCAGCAGGCAGGAAGGUCCCAUAGGGCGUCCCGGACAGCCCUGCUCCCCUGGGAGCCCAGCCCUGCUUCCAGCUCUGGGCCAGAGCCCUUGGGGUCUGGGUUGGUUUUAGU